AUGGAUAAUGAAAAUCAGGCGUCAAGCGGAAGCACUUUGAACGGUUUUCACGUGUUGGAUGGCAAAAAUAUUUCGGCGGAUAGUGAAACGAAGUUGCACAAUGAGUCAUCGAUUGAAUUAACUUCAAAAAAUACGGACGUGUUCUUUGAAGAAGAUAUAAAGAUGUCUGCCAAAGACGAAACAGAAAAAAUCAAGUUUACGUCAACGUUCAGUACGUAUAUGACGUUGCUUGGCUACUCUAUAGGGAUGUCAGAUUUCUGGAGAUUCCCGUUUCUGGCAUACAGAAAUGGUGGAGGUGCUUUUCUGAUUCCGUUUAUUGUGAUGAUAAUUCUAUGCGGGUUUCCUUUGUAUUUCUUGGAAUACUCGUUGUCGAAAUUUUCUGGCAGAGGACCGUACAAAAUCUGGGACGUUAGUCCGGUUUUUAGAGGUAUCGGUGUAACAAUUGUUGCAGCUUAUUCGCUGUGGAUGAUCGGCACAACAGUAUUGAGGUGUUGGAUCAUAGACUUUCUAGUGAAUGCUUUCCAAGACCCUCUACCCUGGACCCUAUGUACAAACGGCUGGAACACGAAGUUUUGUAAAAAUGGGAUUGAGAGUACAAAUAAUACAGGCACAACACAGUCAGAUAUAAUUUUAACGUCUAUAAUAGAAUCUUCCAAUGUGUCUGUAUCACCUAUAACAGGGUCAACUGUGUCUUCAAAUAUAGGUUUAUACGGGGUAAAUAUAUCGUCGGAGAUUCUUACAAAUUUUACAGAUGCUUCGAUGACGGCCGAGGAGGAAUUCUGGCAAUAUCGUGUUUUGGAACUAUCUUCUGGAAUUUCGGACCUGUCCCCUCUGCAAUGGCGUCAUAUAAUUACGUUGAUCGUGAUACGUAUUGUUAUAUUGUUUGGUCUUGUGAAGAGCAUAAAGUCUAUAGAGAAAGUAAUUUACGUGACAGCCACUGUGCCUUUUUUCCUGACAGUGGCAAUAUUUAUCAGAUCUCUUAUGCUGCCGGGUUCCAACCUUGGUCUAUUCCAUUUCAUAAAUCCAGACUUUAACAAGAUAGUUCAACCAAGGGUUUGGAUUGAAGCAACACUAAUGGCUUUCUAUACAUUAGGCUUUGGUUGGGGAGGUAACAUGUUACUCGGCUCUCAUGCUCAUUUCAAGGAGAAUUGUUUAAGGACAUCGAUUAUACUUCCCCUAGCUAACAUGUUUAUGGCAACAUUCAGUGGUUUAGUCUGUUUCUCAGUUCUCGGAAACAUGGCCUAUUCUUAUGGUGUUGAAGUCACCGAAGUUAUCAAUGCAGGCAUGUCCGUAGGUAUCGUUGCUUAUAUUACUGCCCUAUCGUCACUUCCAUUCCCGCAGAUAUGGACGGUCUGUUUCCUAGCUGCAAUCAUUCUUACUGGCAUUGAUGGACAGCUCGUUCCAAUGGAUAUGUUAAUGCAAUUGAUAGGAGAUUUGUUUCCAAGAGGAGGCGCAUAUAUAUUUCUGUGGAUGGACUGGUAUAAUGGAGCAUGGAUAGGCCCCAUAGUAAUAUAUACAGCUAAGGUUGUAGGGUUGGAUAUACGAUGGGGAUUUCAAGCGGAUAAGGAAAAUGGGCCUCUCCUUACAACCGAAAGAAGAACAAGACUUUUUUCACCUAAAAGGAGUCCAGUAAACACAAGUACACCAUGGAAGGCGUUCUACAACAAGAAAACAGACUCUAAAAAUAUCGCCAUGUAA